AUGAACAGUUGGAGAAGCUCAAGUCAUACAGGCGAUGAGCAGCAUUACACCGGCUGGUCGUCCAAUACCAGCACUAGUAAUCAGCCAUCGCCGAAUUUCCGUGAACAUGCUUUACAGCCACCGUUGUUGACGACAGCCCUGAGUGGCAUCCAUUUCCAAAGUGGUACGACUCCGUUAUCAUCAACCUCGCUUUCGAGCCCGUUUAUACAUGGACAAUCCCCGGCUGUUGCUUCUCCGGCGAUUGGCAGAUCGCCACCUUCCUCGAGACAACCAUCAAACUACAAUGUGCCAUACAAUCCACAGGACUGGGGCCCCUUGGGCGGUGCUCCUGCACAAGCUCAAUAUGCCCAUGCGGGGAACCAGCAGCGUGUUGUAUCUCAGAACAGAGGUCAAUCAGAUGAACCUUUAUCACCACCACCUCCACCAUACUCACCCCCAAGUAACCCGAAUCAAGUAUCACAGGGAACAUUUGGUUCCCCAAAUCCCAAUGUUUCAGUAACACCUAAUAUACCCCCUCAAAAUCCAUCUAGAGAUGGCAAUUUCAAUAUUUCUCCUGAAUACCCUCGACGAUCAGGCCUUCGUCCUCGCCCUUUGUCAGUGGCCUAUACCAGCGAGAAUCAACCACAACAAUCGCUACCACCACCGCCACCACCGCAAGGUUACCCGGGAUCUAGAUCUAUUUCACAUAGUCGACUGGAUGGAAAUCAGAACACACCAUAUCAUUCAACUGCCUCUCAUUCAAGGACUAGAGCUUCGAUUUCAUCAUCUUAUGAGCAAAAUCAACCACAGCAAAAUAUCAGAGGCCCACCACCAGGCCAUUCACCUGAAUUACAAAUAUCUUCAAGGCCACCGGCAUCACGACGAGCUGCAUCUGCUGGGGCAAUUGUUCACAGUGCUGGCUCGUCAAGAGCCCAGAGUCAAACAAGAAAUCAAUCUCCCCCAAAUAGUGGCUGGGCGCCAGGAAUGCCCCUUCCACCUCCACCACCAGGCCCACCACCAGGUCCGCCGCCGGCUGCACGGUCAGUUAGUCUAAGUGAUUCAUCAGAGUCAUCCUCUGCAAGGACAAGUCUUGGUCCACCCAGAGCUAGAGCUCGACCACCACCGGUAAUGGGAACAAGUCUGGGGAGUAUUCCACCCACCCCGGCCAAUUGGGUGGAUGAGGAGUACUUAAAUAGCCGGCCUGCCGAACAAAAUCAGCCAUUACAAAUCGACACCAGUAUAGCGAUGCCUGGAGCGGAUAUAACUGAGCAUCUUGAUUCAAGAGGAAAUGUACGAGAGUCUCAAAGAACCCCAGGAAGUGGUGGUCUCUUCCGUAGCCCGGCUGUUCGAGAUCCAAGUGCCAAGGGCAUACGUGAAAGGCGAAUCGAACGUCGUAACCGUCAAAGCCAGACGUUCGACGAUCUUAGUGCAAUUUCAUCCAGUGGCAACCCAUGGGCAGAAGCCUUGGACCAGAUAAAACCAACAAAUCUGAUUCUUCCGGAAGCGAGAAAUAGUCCUGACCCAACACGGCCUCCCUCGUCUUCGAGAUUCACUCCCAAAAGCGCUCGAAGCUUACCCUCGAGUGGGAAGUACCCACCAUCGCGGUCUCGAGCAAGUUCCGGGGGACUGUUCUCUGAUGACUCGUCGCCGUACCCAACACCGAAAGCCGAGCCAAGUCCGGGCGUUGGACCCAGUAAUCCGCCUGCACCUGCGACCCUGGCACACACUCCGCCGUUUUCUCCGAAAGGAGAAUCCGCUUCAUCGUAUGCAAGGGAGAUAAUUCAGCCCACACCACCAAAAGCAUUGCCUACGCCGCCUCUAGGAUCGGGUAAGGAGUUCCAAGCACAGCCAAGGCCUCGUGCUUUGUCUAGAGGUGCAGAUAGUCGGCCUAUUUCACAUAUCUUGCAUAUGCCGAAUGAUGCCAUUGCAUCCAUGAAACCACUGUCACCCCGUCGAAUCCCCUCUCGAGAGGCGAUGAAACAGAACUCGUUGGAAGCAGUCAUGAAGCAGGACACAGAAUUUAUGCAAGAUGCCAUACUGAGACACCAAAAGUUCAUCGAGGCUGAAGCUGCUGCCCCUAAUGAGACUGAAGCGCUAAAAGCCUUCACUCAGUUUAUCAUUGCUGAAUCCGCAAUUCGUCGCGACCGGUAUGCUACCGUCUGGGACUCCGGCUCCUUUGACUCCGCGGAGUUACAUAAAAAACUGUUUAAAGUACGCCCGGCUCAGACAGAAAUUGAACCUGCAAAUAAGCCGCCUAGACCGGCCCCCAAAUUGGACAUUCCUCAGAACCGACUUAACAGACCAGAGUCCGCUUGGUGGAAUAACUACCAGCCUUGCCUAUCCCCCAUUGCAAGCAUUAACAUGAGUAAUGAUGAAAUGAGCUCAAGAGGUCGUGCACCCAGUCGUUGGUGGGAAUCACAAUCCAGUAGCGAUGGCAAUGGAAGACGAGUUCAGCGUUCCAAGCGUGAAUCCAAAUAUAUGGGAUUAGUGCCAGAUGCCGUCCAGUGGGACCAACAACAACGAACCCCAAUGAAACUUGAUGACGAUGCUGCAAAUUAUACGGACGAGAAUGCGGCUUACGGUCCGGAUGAGUAUCCACCUGAGAAGGUCGGAUGGCAUGAGGAAGAGAAUGAGUAUCCCAGUUCAGCAAGUAAGCCCCGUUACGAGCGACCUGUUGCAAUCCCGCAGAUGGAUAUAUCGCGAUUGAUCACCCUUCCCCCACCGUAUCCACGUCAUCACCCUGCUGUCAACAACAGUCAUCCAGAACUAGUAUCGUAUAGGACUACGGUUCGCUCGAUUACAGACCUCUCUGAGAUUAAGUCUACUAGACAGCGGUAUGCGAAUGACGUUGAUAGUCUGAUUCAAGAGCACCAGACCCUACUCAAAGAGAGCCGCCUUCAUUUCAGAGCCAAUAUCCAGAGCCAGAUUCAAGAAGGUAGUCUGACAUUUGGCGAGGCUGCUGAGGCCGAGACUGCAAUGAUCGUUGAAGAGAACAGAGGCGAACGAGAUCUCGCAAAACGCCAACUUGACUUGUACCAGGAAAUGGUGCUGAAACCAAUGCAUAACAUCGUUAAGGAUCGACUCGAAAGAGCUACUUCUUGCAUUGAUGAGCUGAGUAGUAAACUGUUUGAUGAUGCACAACACGAGACGCCCGAUCAGACGCAAGAAGAAGGCGACGAGCAGCCCGAGCUCCUGGAGAAACUAACACAGUUGAAAUGGUUAUUCGAAGCUCGAGAGCAACUUCAUCGAGAAGCCUUUGACUUGAUUAGUGGGCGAGAUGAGAAAUACAAAUCAGUCGCUCUAUUGCCAUAUCAGCAAAGCAAGAACGAGGACAAGCUCCGGGAAACUCAAGCAUUUUUCACCAAGGAUUCCCUGGACCGACGUGUGCAGUAUGAGAUGGAGGCUCUUUCCCGUCUGGAAUCAUUCCUAGAUAUCAUCGAACAGAACGUCGUCCGGGGUGUUGAAAAGCAACUCUCCGCUUUCUGGGACAUUGCACCUUCGCUCCUUGCAUUGGUGCAACAGGUUCCUGAUCGUCUGCGCGGCUUCAAGGUUCAGAUUCCUGCCAAAGAAUACGAGGAGAACCCGAGCUACCAUGCACACCCACUGCAAUAUCUCCACUCUCUACUAUCUCAUGCUGAAAAAUCCUCAUAUCAGUAUAUUGAGUCCCAGACAAAUCUCCUCUGCUUGCUGCAUGAGGUCCGAUCGGCUUUGAUGAGAGCCAAUAGUAACCUUACAGAAGCGGAAAGGAUUCAACAGGGAGAACCGGAGGAAAUUGUGCGGCAGAUUAUGGAUAUGACGCGAGCCGAUGAAGAGGCCUCUCUUACUUUGGACUUGAAGGAUAAAGUUGCUACUGUUGAAAGUCAGUGGACGGAAGCGCUUGGAAGCCAGAUUGAAGAAUUACGAGGACGAGUCAAAGAACAACUUGUCAACGAAGAUGCAUGGGAUGAUUUGGAGCAACUGGAGCAGGAAUAG